GAUAAUCAAUGCGCGAACGAUCAGCUGUGAAGUAUAUUAUCAGCUGAUCCAGUGGGGCGGCUCAGUCUCAGUCGUCGCCGAACGACCGGCCAGUGCAUUCCGUCCACAGACAUAAGAUAAUAUCACACUUCUAAGAAUAUGUUCCCGACGCCCAUCUUCGGUUUUGGAGGCAAAACUCCAAAAAUGCUGUUUCUCACUUUCACCUUUGUAUUUAGUUUUUCUGUGGUUAGUGGAGACCUGACAGUCCUUGAAAAUGAGUUGACGAUUCUCGUUGGAAACACAUCACAUUUUACUCUUAAUCUGACAGAGCCAGUUGCUCAGGAACUGGACGUAUCAUUGAUAGUUCCGGAGAAGGAUGUUCUCAAGAUUGACCCUUACCAGAUCACUGUUGCCCCUCGGUCUGCUGGGCCGUGGAAGAUUGAUGUGACCGGUGAAGAAAGAGGUCACUUCCUAGUGUAUGCCAACGUCACACCUCACGUCGUCAAUGCAGACAAGGCAUUCAUCCGUGUCACUGUGCAAUACUCAGAACUUCUCUCUCUGAUCAGUGUGAUCAUUGGUUGGGUCUACUUCAUAGCUUGGUCCAUCUCCUUCUACCCUCAGAUCUACGAGAACUUUGUGCGCAAAAGUGUGGUUGGGCUGAACUUUGACUUCCUCGCUCUCAAUAUCGUCGGGUUUACAAUGUACAGCUUGUUCAACAUUGGACUCUACUAUGUUCCUCAAGUUGAGGAGGAAUAUUUCCGAAGACAUCCUAGAGGUCUAAACCCAGUCCAGUUAAAUGACAUUGUGUUUGCUGUCCACGCUGCCUUCGCUACGAUCCUUACGAUCCUUCAGUGCUUCUGUUACGAGAGAGGGAGUCAAAGAGUGUCCACCACAGCUAGAUCCAUCUUGGUUGCGUUUUUCCUCAUAUUUGUUACUUGCCUCGGACUCGCUCUCUUCAACUACAUCGACUGGCUUGACUUUCUGUACGACUGUUCUUACAUUAAGCUCACUAUCACUCUCAUCAAAUACAUCCCUCAGGCUUUCAUGAACUACCAGCGCAAGAGCACGGUUGGCUGGAGCAUAGGGAAUGUCCUGCUAGACUUCACUGGAGGCAUACUCAGCAUGGGGCAAAUGAUACUCAACGCCUACAAUUACAAUGACUGGGUAUCAAUUUUCGGAGACCCCACCAAGUUCGGCCUGGGACUCUUCUCUGUUGUAUUUGACAUUCUGUUCAUCGUCCAACACUACGUUCUAUACAGAAAUCCUUACGAGCCAAUCCCUGGGAAUGUUUUUGUCCAAGCAACAGAAAACGAAGUCAUCACUGACCCAGGAGGGUCUGAAACAGCUGACUCUGAGAAACUCACACAGGUGACUGGAGCAGACGACACCCUAGGAGGAGACUAACAAUGAACACUUCUCCAGCUGAGUUUGUACCAUCUGAGAUAUCCUUAUAAAGAGGAGAUGGUUAAUCCUUAACUGUGAAUUACCUCCAACUAGUGGAACAUUAUCACUCGGUUUGAGUGAAAAAGUUGUGAAGUAAGUGAGACAUUUGUGAAAUGCCAGUUUUGAAUUUGGUCAGAUUUAUAGAAAUAGUUUUAUAUUUUGUAUUUGAUUUAAGUAGUAUUCGUAAGCACUUUUACACGUUUUAUUAACAAGUUUAAUUGUGCUAUACUAGUUAGUGACAUAAGAGUUUUGUACUGUAAAGGCAUUUAUACUUUACUGUAAAACCAAUUCCAGAUACAAAUUAUUACAAUUUUAUUAAACAGUAUGAGCGCUUGAGUUAAGUAUUUUUUUUAGGAAAGGAAUGGAAGUUGGAGAAAUUGAAUGAGUUGAAAUUAGAGGAUGAUUAAAUCCACACUUGUCGCUAGAAAUUGCAUUCCUCCAAGUCUGAUGUAGUUAUAGUGAUGCUAAAUAUGAUAAUGAUAUUUUUAUUACAUUGAUACUGGCUGUAUUUUACAUAUAUUGUGUGUUGUUAAGAUACUGACAAUAUGAACUUAUUGUGUUUUAUGUAUAAAUAUAUAUAUAAAGUAAAACCACAAAUUAACAUAUGGUACCUUCUUAUAGAUUAUAAUUAUCUUGAUAUUAAUUACCUUAUAUGAAUGGCUGAAUAUAUUUUAUCUCAGAAAUACUUUGGUAUAUUGAUGUCAAAUAAAAUGACAACCAAAUAGAUCAAUAUUCAAGUAUUGCCCAUGAAUAAUCAAGGUCUCCAUAUUCACUCUAAACCCUGGCCUGAUAAUAUUGUGCCUUUAUUAGAAAAUGUCCAUUGUUUAGCAUACAACAUAGUCUGUGUUCUGUGUUACCUCUUAGAACAUGUUAUUAAUAAUAAUAGUUAACACUUCUUUUUAGGCAACUUGUAAACACCUAAAUUAUUAAGCAUAAAUUUUAUUUAAAAAUAA